AUGUCUAUGUGCCGUAUAAGACCCGGCCCAGAUCCACACCCACAUCCCUGGAACAGAGAAGGUCCCCAAUGUGCAAACUGCCAUAGCUACGUCUGGAAACAGCCGCAGGUCCCGAUCUUCCAAUCCCCAGCACGAAGCCAGUGGGCGCAGCCGCAUAAAAAUGCCUAUCUUUGUGACAAUUGCUACUGGGACCUGAAUGGAAGCGCGGAAGGGAUUCCGUGCAUGAGAUCUCUACCAUGCCUAUGUGGAAGGCGUGGGAACUUAGCCAUUCUGCUCGCCAGCAAGGGGUUCUGGAACGACGCUGCACCCAUCUUCUGGACGGAGAACUGGUUCGCCUUCGAGGAUCCCUCUCUCCUAACGGGGUUCUUGACUGCUAUUCGUCCACAGUGGCGGGAUCCGAUUUGGAACGGAUGGGACGAUAUUAAGAGCUGCUGGAAUUUACUGAGGCAGUGUGAGGGACUGACAGAGCUGGAGCUUGACGUGGUGUUUUUGACGCGCAAGGAAUGGGCUCAGGCUAUCCGACUAAUUUGUGUCAAGAGGAAAGUUGCCUUCUUCCGUCAUUUGGACCCAGGGGCGAUGAAAUAUUUGUUUGAAGAGCCAACGAGCUUUGUGUGGGAGUCGCAUGCUCGGAGGAAACGAUUCGACUCGCCCACGACUGCUUUGCUUGUUUCUAGCAUGACUGGUAACAGAGCUAUAAAAAGGAAAGCCCUGAUAAAUCAUUACUCUGAGAAUACACUACAUCAAAUAUGUGGUGGCUACGGGGUGGAGUUCACCGAGAAGAUGAUCGAGGGCCGAAGAUGGAAUUCAUGA